AGGAUUUCAGUUCUCCAGUCGUACGGUUCGCUCGUUUUCAAAGUGGUCGUGAUUCGCGCGUGAUUCAAGAAAUUCAUUAAUUAUUACGAUAUUUGGAUGUUGACUUGUGGCUCGUGACACAAACCUUUCGUCCAAAAUUUGGUGAUACAGAACAAAACCAGAACUGAUUAGUUUUCGAAUAAGGAACUGCGUUUUCGUUCGUCAAACAGCGUGUCCGAUCGAGUGGUCCUGUUGCUAAAGACUUUCACCGUCACUUUUCUGUUCAAUUAUUUUGCAAGUUGGCGGAUGGAAUGGUGUGUUGGACAGUGAACGACGAAAAAGCUGUUUUGGAUUCAGCAACCGCCAUUGGUAAUAAAAUGGAAGUUCAACCCAACGCUAAAAAAUGUAAAUUCCAAGAUCAGUCGGAAAUGAAGCUGCCAUCUCUUCCGGCAGAUCCGUGUCCGGAUUUGCGUCCUUUCUGCCAUCAGGUCGGAGGGCAUACCCAAUUUUUACAGCUGGAUCAAUCCACCGUUUGCAAGCCUCUCAUCCCUCGGGAGUUGAGUUUUUAUCUGAACGCACCACCUGAUAUUCGCACCUUCACACCCAAGUGCAAAGGUGUGAUCCAGACGUGGCACCAAGAAGGUCGUCAAUAUUGGAAACGAUUCGCCAUGGAUGAAAUCAGCGUCACGGCCGAACAUUCAGAAAUCUCGUCCCAUCCAAACACCCGUCACGAUGCGCCAUUGAGGAUAUCCCUGGCUGGCCAUGAAGCCAUUUCUUACCAUCCAGCACACACCUACACUGAUGGAUCAUCUCAAUUUUUUAUGAUGCUGGAGAACGUAGCGUCCGCAUCGAAAUUCGAGCGUCCCUGCGUACUGGACUUGAAGAUGGGCACCAGGCAACACGGUGACGACGCAUCCGCCGAGAAACGGAACCGGCAGAUGGCCAAAUGCGCAGCUAGCACUUCCGCCUCUCUCGGACUCCGACUCUGUGGCAUGAAGGUGUACGAAGCCACAUCGAACAAGUUCUUCGUCCAGGACAAAUAUUUUGGACGGAGACUCGAUGCAGAUGGACUACGGAAGGCGUUGGUCCAGUUUUUUGCUAGCGGUGGGGCUCGUCGUGCUGGAAUUAUUGGAGCCAUCCUGGAACGUCUGAGGCUUCUCCGCAAAGCUAUAGAACAGCAGGACACUUUUCGUUUCUAUUCGAGUUCCUUGUUGAUCGUCUACGAAGGAUGCGAUGAAAAUUGCGAAUUUUAUCUCGGUCGCGAUUACCAUUUCCUCUGUCCUCCACCUGCUAGACGAUCUAGCGAGCCGGAGACAGCUGAUAAUGUUAGUUGUUACAAACCAGCAAGAUCCAGCUCAGACGUCCAAAUUCCACGACUAAAUGAAGUGGCCAUUCAAAGGCAAGUGUCCGUCGCAGACACUAACGAUUGUUACUUGACGGACAGCUGUGAAACUCAAUGUUUUGGUACCAGUCCACAAUCCGUUGACAGCGGUCUUGAUUGCCUCAUGAUGGAGCAAACGUCAUCGCUGUCCAGCACCAAUGAAUGCUGCUGGAAGGGUGUGAAUGGCCAGAGUCGUUACGUCGGUUCGUUUAAGUCUAUUUUAAAGAAUUCGACGACGAGUUACGAAUGCGACAAUUCAACAGAUAGCACAGAUAGCGGAGUUUUCUCAUCGCCAGUGGCUAAAAAGCAAUUGAAAAAGUUGAAGAAACGAUCGACGACAUACACGGACAGCGAAGAAGAAAGCGAUGCAAUGUGGCAUCAUGACCUGGAUGAUGGCCAGCACGUUUCGAUGGAAUUGUCUGGCGAAGAAGAUGGUGAAUUGACGCCCGUGCUGGAAGUCAGCCCGACGGAAGAGUUCACAGCAGAUGGAAGCCAAACUAAACGACCAGUGAUGGAUGAAGACAAAGUGAGUCCAGCUAGCAAGGCGGAUAAUUGCUGGGCAGAUUGCGUCGAUGUCCGAAUGAUCGAUUUCGCGCACACGACAUUCUCCGGCUACCUAGGGCUGGACGAAAGGGUCCACUGGGGACCCGACAACGGAUAUCUUUUCGGUCUUGAAAAUUUGACAGACAUUUUGAGCGAAUUGCAAGGAUUUUCACUUCAUCAGAGAAACGCCUUAUCUUAUUGAUAGUUUGAAUUACGCAAUGUGUGGCACUGGGAGAGAUAAUAUUUUAAAACAAAUUCCAGAUGACAAUGAUGACGAACAAGUACAAAUAUGAUAAAAAGAAAAUCAGACCUGUAAAAAGAAAAUCCGUUAAAAUUUAGGAGAAUUUUAAACUUUCUUCACAACGUUGUUUUUACCAAAUUUCUUUCAGAAAUGUCGCUGAAGGGAUAUGUUAUUUGGCUAAUUGUAAAUAAUUUUGUACUAAAAAAAGAAUAAACACUGACAUGAAAGAAUA